AUGAAAAUGCAUGAGUGUCCACAUGUUGACUGUAAUGCGACCAUGCAUGGCAAAAGGGAAUAUGACGAACAUUUCCAAACGCACCCUAAACCAUUUCGUUAUCAAUGCAAGCAUCCUGGUUGUGGCCAAACGGAAGAUAAUCCGCAGCUGGAACAUACUUUAGCAGACACACGAAAUCAACAACAAGAUCGCUCAAGUGACGAGUGUCCAUUAGUAAGGCCGAACGUCUUCGAUGACCCCGAUGGUAGCAUCUUCGACGGUCUCAACAUCCCCGACGAUGUUGUUGUUGAGAUCGAAGAUAUUAACAUGGACGAUGGUAACAUUUUCGCAGACACACGAAACCAACACAUUGCCGGUCAAAGUUCA